AUGAGCGAACAACUUAGUAAGCUCAUUGAUAGUUCAAGAGUUACGUCCAAAGAUAUCGCGGCCAACAACACGUUGGUCCGGGAAGCACAUCACACGUUGGACGGUUUGGAUCAGAAAAUUGACGCGGUUAAGGUGGAUUUGUCCGCUAAAAUCGAAGACCUUCGAACGGAAGUAGACGAGAUGAAAGUUCAGCCCCGAACGAUUCAGGAUCAACGACUUCCUGAACGAUCACCAGUCUUACAAGCACGUCAAGAUGUUCCAGCCCUGUCACCCAUACGCACGAUGGAGGAUGCUGUCCGUCAUCGCAGAAAAUUGGUCGCCACCGAGGCAUCUCCACGAGACCCGCGGCGAGAUGCGAUGACCAAGAUGGCGUCCCGUUGCGGCCCUACGGAUCACGACGAAGAUGAGCACUCUGAACGUUCUCACGCCCAUAGUCAUCGUCCUCGCAGCAGCUGUUGCAGCCGUUUACAACCUCCAAACUUCAAGAUCCAGCCAUUCGACGGCAACCCGAAGAACUACGCGCGAUUCAAGGCUAAAUUCCAGGCCUUGUAUGAAGACUACGAAGAUUCUCCGGUACUUCUUUUCAUGUUGGAGGAGCUGCUAGCCGAAGAGGUCCGAAACGAAGUCGGUGAAUGUCUUACCGACGGAACAAUGUACUCCGUGGUGUGGGAACGUUUGGACGCAGUCUACGGCCGAACUGAAAUCAUGGAUCAGACGUACCUCGACGACCUUUUACAGGUCCCGCCAUUGAAGAGCAUAGAUGCUGCGAGUCUCAAGACUUUCGCGAAUCGUCUGCACGGAGCUGUAGCUACGCUCUCAAAGUCGAAGUAUAGCCAUGAGCUAUAUAGCCGUACUACGUUGAUGGCCCUUGAAGCAAAACUUACGCCUUACCUCAAGGAUAAGUGGAACGAGAAAAGAAAAACGACAGGAGUAGAACUGAAUGUUCUAGACCUAGACGACUGGGUGACGUUAAAAUCCAUGAGCAAGCAACAUGGAAAAAAUGUAUUCGAGUCUCUACCCACGUCAACGUCCAAAGGCGUGACGCCGAAUUCGCCGAUCGAUCCUCAGCAGUUGAAGUCAUGGACGCACCUACGUGGUAUCGCCGUUCCAACUGUACAAGAAGAGGACGUGACCCCGCCGGCUGGAACGACCGGGCCCAUUGCCUUCAAGACGCCGUUUGGCUGGUGUCUGGGUGGACAAAUAGGUCUACCACAAGACGGGCGUCCGUUCAUCGCUCAUCUGGCCACCGUGGAACGUCCCGAAAACCUAAACGAGCUGGUGAAGAAAUUUUGGCAACUGGAGGCCAACGAAGUAGCAAUAGAAACACCCGUUCUAUCUGAGGAUGACCUACGUGGAAAACGCAUCCUCGAGUCUACAGUAAAACGUAUUGGAAACCAGUACCAAGUCGGCUUAAUGUGGAAAGCCGACGAAGUAAAUCUCCCAAACAACCGGGCAGCUGCAUUGAAGAGGCUCUACGCUCUCGAACGACGUUUUCAUCGGGACGAAGAGUUCGCUCACAAGUACGAUGCAGUAGUCAAGGAGUACAUCGGGUUAAAACACGCCCGGCUCCUAACGACCCAAGAAGCCCAGACGGAGACAACAAAGACGUGGUACCUGCCACACCACGGGGUCUUUGGUGGCACAUCGAUAAAUCAAAACCUGCUCCGAGGCCCUAAUUUACUCGUUAACCUGCUUGGUGUGCUCAUCCGCUUCCGUCGCAACCUCGUACCAGUCGGAGCGGACAUUGAGAAAAUGUUUCACCAAGUGAAGGUCCCGGAAGCAGACCAGGCAGCCUUCCGAUUUCUCUACCGGACGCCUGGCAGUAACUCAGUUCCUUUAACGUACCAGAUGACGGUACACGUAUUUGGAGCUAUAUCAUCCCCGACGAGCUGCAUCUUCGCCCUCAACAGGACGGCCGACGACUACCGCAGCCAGUUUCCAGACGUAGCCGAUCGCGUUCGACGUAAUUUCUACGUCGACAAUUAUCUCGACUCCUUCGACUCUGAAGAUGAGGUCAUAAAACGGUCCCGCCAAAUGAAGUCACUUCUUCAGCUCGGCGGAUUCAACUUGACUAAAUGGACGUCGUCGUCGAGAAGGGUGAUCGCAGCGCUACGAGAAUUUGGCCUCGCAUCACCGACGUUGGAUCUGGACUUAGAAAAACUCCCCGUCGAAAGAACGCUUGGAGUAAUGUGGGACAGUGAGCGAGAUAUGCUGACGUUCAAGAUUCGGAAGCCGCCACACAACGUGACACUCACGAAGCGAGCCUUCCUAAGCAUCAUCUCGAGCGUCUACGACCCGUUGGGGCUAGUCGCCCCAGUUACCUUCGUGAUGAAGUCCUUGCUCCAAGAUGUCUGGACCAACGAAGAACGGAUCGGGCGGGAUGACGUCGUACCGGAAGCAUUGAGUCAACGUUUCUAUUGCUGCUCCAAAGGAUUCGGAGCAGUAGCCUACUUCCGCACCGUAUUUGAAGACCAUUCCGUCGACGUAUCAUUCGUCAUGUCGAAAACACACGUCACACCGGUAAAAGGUCUCACGAUUCCCCGUUUGGAGUUACAGGCGGCAGUAGAAGGCCUCAACCUUGCUAUCACGAUUUGUCGUGAACUAGAAAUUGAUUUGAGGGGUAUCGACCCAAGAGACGUCGACGAAUUGGCCUAUUUCCACCGAGGACCUCCGUUCCUGAACCUAGACCCAUCAAAGUGGUACACCUGGGAAGAAAUUACGGAGCCGGAAGAACGGGAUGUAAACGUAAUCCGCGUCUUAGCAGUAAAAACGGAAGAUGAGAAUCACAUCAUCGACCGAUGUGUAGCACGUUUUUCCAGCUUGGUGAAACUUCAACGAGUACUGGCCUGGAGUAAAAGAUUUGCCGACAACGCUAGAGCAAAAAGACGUGAUGAAAAACCAAGUGUCGGAGAGUUAACGGUAGAAGAAAUGGUUACAUCAUUGGCAAAAUGCAUCAUACGCGCUCAAGAAUUGGCCUUCGCUGAAGAAUUUUACGCCCUUCGCAAGGAUCUGGAACUACCACUCAGAUCAAAACUUCGCACUUUCCAGCCCUUCCUGGAUGAAGUCGGACAGAUGCGAAUUGGCGGACGUAUACUUCAAGCGCCAAUCGAUUAUGCAGCCAAACACCCCAUAAUUCUACCAGCAUCUCAACCGUUAACGAAAAGAAUAAUUUGGGAUCACCACGUUAGAAACAUGCACGUCAAGACAGAGAGAUUGCUGACAGACCUACGUCCUCGCUACUGGGUACUUUCUGGACGCAAAGUGGUAAAAUCUGUCCUCAACAACUGCUGGCCCUGCAAGCGCGCGUCGGCAAAACCAAACCCGCCGUUAAUGGCUUCCCUUCCAGUACAUCGUCUAACGCCUCACCUGCCCGCGUUCACCUACACGGGGAUUGAUUACUUUGGACCCUUGACGGUACGAGUUGGUGGACGGGGACGAAGACAUGAAAAACGUUGGAUCAGCCUAUUUACGUGCUUCACUACACGAGCAGUACACCUUGAAGUGGCCAACGGGCUCAGCAUGGAGGAGUUUUUACUCUGCUUCUCCCGUUUUGUUAGUUUACGUGGAAAGCCCCAAGUCGUUUACAGCGACAAUGGGACGAAUUUUGUUGCCGCCGAGCAAGAGUUGAAACAAGCCUUAGAAGAGCUUGUUGCUAAGCACCAAGAGCUUCACACCGUGAUGGCUUGCCAACAGAUUGAGUGGCACUUCUCUCCACCCCAUGGACCCCACUUCGGCGGUGUUUGGGAGAGAAUCGUACAAUCCUGCAAAAGGGCCAUGAAGAACAGUAUCGGGAACUGCCUAGUUACGGACCACGUCCUACGAACCGUGAUCGCUGAAGUGGCAGCUUUGCUAAACGCCCGUCCGUUAACUCAUCUUAGUAUGGAUCCAGAAGACCCGGAUCCAUUAACGCCAAAUCACUUCCUACACGGUGGAGCUCGUCCAUACGUGCCCCAGAAAUUGGCCGACGUGGAGGACCUGAACGUAACUAGCAAGCAGUUCCAGCAAAGUCAAGCCAUUCUUCAGCACUUUUGGAACAGAUGGCUACGUGAAUACGUUCCACACUUAACCGAGAGAAGAAAAUGGCAAGAAGAUAGGCCUAACGUCACCGUGGGGGAUCUAGUACUGGUAAUCGAGCCAAAUACUUUGCGUGGGCAAUGGCCGAUGGGUAAAGUGUUGGAAGUUAUCCCCAGUACAACGGAUAAUGUUGUUCGAGUGGUAAAAGUAAAACUUACCAAUCAUCCAAAACCAUGUAUUCGGCCGGUGGCCAAAUUGUGUAUCAUGGUUGCAGUCAAAGACCAAGAAGUUUACGCAAAGGAAGAAAAAAUGGAACCUUUAACAGCGUAA